AUGCGUCAUCAUCAACAGUAUCAUCGAAGACAAUAUUCAGCUAAAUUGAACAGUAAUGAUUAUGAUCUAUGUCCUACAGGUGGAGACGAUGAUCAGUUUUCAUCAAAUGUGCCUUAUCGCAUGAUGAAUGCGAAUAUAGAUUCAGUUGUUGAUUAUUUAAGUGAUGAUGAAUCUGAUUCCGAAGUGCCUGCUGGAUGUAAUUUGGACAUAUCUAAUCCAGUACGUGAAGUAAUUUAUCAAAUGCUUAAUAAUUAUAUGAAUGAUGAUAAAUCAAAUACAGAAAUUGAAUUUCCAUCAUCAUUAUUUUGUCAUGAACGAAUAUUUGUUCGUCAACAAGCACAACAACGAAAUCUUAUUUGUCGAACAUUUGGACGUGGUGCAUCACGUGUAAUUGCUGUUUCGAAAUCAACAACUGAAUCAGUUUUAAAUAAUACUAAUGAUUCAAACAAACAAAUAACAUUUUCAUUAAAUAAUUUACAAUUAAUUCAUGAUAUUAAUAUUUAUUUACAAUCAUGUCCUAUUUCUGCUGAAGAUAAUGAUUUACUUCAAGCUAAAAUACAAAAAACACCAAGUUCUCUUAAUGAUUGGUUUUAUUGUACGUUAUUACGAUCGGGUAAUCCACUUGCUAAAAUAUCGGAUAUUAAACCUCGUGUACCGGAUCAAAAAUUUCUCUCUCAUGAACAUUUCAUUCGAUUAUUACCUAUUGAUAAAACAUCAACACGUGAUAAUCUUCUUCAUCUGAUUGAAAGUAAUAAAAUGAUAUUCUUAAGUGGAGCACCAGCCAUUGGAAAAUCAAUUAGGAUUUGCCAAUAUUUAAAUGAUGAUAAUUUUGAUAAACAAUGGCCUAUUCGUAUUCUUCAUAGUUGUGCAAAUAGUCUUGCUGCAUAUGCAUUAUCAACUAUUUUAUCAUCAUUUAAUCAACCGAUUGAUUGCUUUACAUUUGAUAAUAUGUCAUUAACUGCUGAAUCAACAUCAUUAAUAACAAUAACAACACAUGAGUUUCUUUUACAUACAUUAAUAAGUGGAGAUUAUUUAUUAAAAUCAUCAAUAACACAUUUAAUUGUUGAUGACGUGCACAAGCGAUCACAUACAUUGGAUAUGUUGUUAGCUUAUUUAAAAGAUACACAUAAUAAAUUUCGACAUUUAAAAAUAAUUCUUAUACAAACAACAAUACAAUAUGAUACAUUAGUUAAAUAUUUUGGAAAUGUUGCAACACAUACAAUUGAUAUGAAUGGAAUAAUGAACGAAAAGAUUGAAGAAGUAUUUCUUGAUCAAAUUUUAUUUGAUAUUCAACGAAUUGAUCAGAAUAAAUGUUUAUCAAUUGCUAAUUAUGGAAUGCAAUUAUUAGAUCAUUGGUGCCAUUUAGCAGAACAAGUAUCUAUUCAUCAUCAAGUAUCAUCAAUGAUUAUUUGCGAAUCAUGUCAAAAUAUUUAUUCAUUAUUAGAACAAAAUAUGACAGAAGAUGAAAAAUAUUUGAGUAAUUUGAUCGGUCGAUGUUUUAUUAAUGGAUUAAUAGAAGAUUUUCAAUUGAUGAUGAAUUUUAUUAUUCAAUAUCCAAAUAAAUGUAAUUAUCAACAUCCAUUAACACUUGUAACACCAUUAAUGUGUAUAUCGAUGUGGAGUAUAAAAACAUUUAUUGAACACUUAUUAUUAAUUGAUGGUUUAUUAAUUAAUCUUCGUGCUGCAAAUAAUUUUUCUGCUAUCGAUUUUGCACGAAAAUUUGCUACUAAUGAAACGAUUGAUUUACUUGAAACUAAAAUAACACAUGAUCCUCUUCUUUUGGAACAAUUAUUAAGUUUAACAAAUAAUAAUUCAAAUUCUAUAGCAUCAAUAGUAUUAAUGAAAUAUUAUUUACAAACACGAAAAUUUGAUGAUAUUAUUGAUUAUGAAUUAAUUUUAUCAAUUGUUCAAUAUGUUUGUCGAAUACAAUCAGGUCAUAUUCUUGUUUUCCUACCUAGUCCGGAUGAGAUAUCCAUAAUGGCUGAUAUAAUUUUGAAUACAAAUUUUGCAAAUGAAUUUGGAAUAGAAGUUCAUACGAUUUUAAAUUCUAAAUCAUGGUCAUUAAUGAAUAAUGACCGUUUACGAUUAUUGAUUCUUUGUGAUGCUAGUUGCGAAACAGGUGUACCUUUUCGUAAUAUAAGUUGUGUUAUUGAUACAGGAAUUACACUUGAGAAAUGCUAUCAUACAACAACAUCGAAAUUUUUGCCAAAAUAUAAUUGGAUAAGUCAAACAAGUGCUACAGAAAGAAAACAUCGGGCAAAUAUAGAAGAAGGAGGUAUCUGUUACCGACUUUAUCCUCGUUCUUUGUUCGAUGAAAAAAUCAAUGAGAAUAUCAAUUCAGAAAUGGCUCGACAACCAUUACUUGAAAAUAUAAUGCAAGCAAAAUUAUUUGCUUGGACAAAUUGUUCUGUUGCAGAAUUUAUGUUAAAAUUACCAUUUCCUCCACCAUUUGCUGUUGUUCGGGCUGGAAUUUCGCAACUCAAAAGUCUUGAUUUACUGGAUAAAUGGGAAGAUCUUGUCGAAUUAGGUGCAUAUUGUUUAGCAUUACCUAUUGUUGAAUUACCAUAUGCAAUGAUGGUUGUUUAUGCUCAUCUUUUUAAAUGUCUUCAACCAAUAUUAAUUAUUGCUUCGACAUUAAUUAUUGGCGAUCCUUUUCAAUCGAAGUCAAAUAUUCGUUGUUUAUCAGAAUUCAAACAACAAUUAGCAUCAAAUAAAAAUUCGGAUCAUUUCGUUUUUUACCAAUUAUAUCUUCAAUGGGAACAAUCAAUUGAUAAAAAACAAUUUUGUAUUAAUCAAAAUAUAAAAUAUUUUCGUAUGAAACAAAUUGAUUAUUUCAAAAAAUCAAUAAUUGACUUUUUAAUAAAUAUCAAUUUUUCAAAUUUCUUUUAUUCAAAUAAUGAAACUAUUGAUUUAGAUGAAAAUUCUUCAUGUUGGCCACUUAUUCAAGCAAUACUUGCUCGUUGUUUACCACAAAAUUUACUUAUAUAUGAUCAACAAUGGUUAUCAAAUCGAAAUGAAUUAGUUGUAUUUGAUCAAUCAUCAAUAUUACAUAAUAUACAAUGGAAUGAACAAGAAAGAAUUCGUUUUGCUAUAUGUGAUGAUUUAAUACGUUCAACAAAAGGUUUAUUUAUUGGUAAAUAUUGUACAUUAAUUGAAGAUAUUGUUCUAUUAUUUUUUGGAACAAUUAAUGAUACAUUGAAAAUAAAUGAUUAUCAAAUCAUUUUAUCAGAUAAUAAUAAUAAUCUAUUUAAAUUACGAACUAAAUUAAAUGCUUGUAUAAAAAGAAAAUUACAAUCGCUUGGUUGUGAUAAUGAUACAACAAAUGACUAUCAUUCAUUUAAUCUAUUAGUCAAAAUUUUUUCAAAUAUUAAGUAA